AUGCAUGCUACAACAACAUUUCAAGAUCAAGGACCUGGGGAGAUGAAGUACUUUCUUGGUCUUGAAAUUGCUCGAAGUAAGCAGGGAAUUAUAGUCUGUCAAAGGAAAUUUGCUCUUGACUUGAUCAGUGAUCUUGGUCUUGCUGGUUCUAAGCCAGCAGGCACACCAUUAGAGGUGAAUCAAAGGCUUACUAGUGUGGAGUUAGACGAAGGAGGAACCUGUAAUGCAUAUCAUGAUGAAUUAUUGCCUGAUCCUACCAGUUAUCAGCAGCUGGUAGGAAAGUUGUUGUAUCUCACAAUGACCAGACCAGACAUAGCCUACGUUGUGCAGAAUUUGAGUCAAUUCAUGCAAAAGCCAAAGAAAUCUCAUAUGGAAGGAGCUCUAAGGGUGGUAAGGUAUCUGAAGAAUGCACCAGGGAUCAACGGACUUCUCAUCACAACUCACAGUGCAUUGUGA